AACGCCCUUCACGACGCACGGCCACCGCCACACCACUCCACCCCCACGCGCGACGAUGGCAGCAUCACUCCAAGCCGCGGCCACCCUGAUGCAGCCGGCCAAGCUCGGCGGCCGACCGGCCUCCUCCGCCGCGCUCCCGUCGCGCCCCUCGUCGCACGUCGCCAGGGCGUUCGGCGUCGACGCCGGCUGCAGGGUCUCGUGCUCACUGCAGUCCGACAUCCGGGAGGUCGCCAGCAAGUGCGCCGACGCCGCCAAGCUCGCCGGCUUCGCCCUCGCCACCUCUGCGCUCCUCGUCUCGGGCGCCAGCGCGGAGGGCGCGCCGAAGAGGCUGACCUUCGACGAGAUCCAGAGCAAGACGUACAUGGAGGUGAAGGGGACGGGGACGGCGAACCAGUGCCCGACGGUGGACGGCGGCGUCGACACCUUCCCCUUCAAGUCCGGGAAGUACAACGUGAAGAAGUUCUGCCUGGAGCCGACGUCGUUCACGGUGAAGGCGGAGGGCAUCGCGAAGAACGCGCCGCCAGAGUUCCAGAAGACGAAGCUCAUGACCCGGCUGACCUACACCCUCGACGAGAUCGAGGGCCCCCUCGAGGUGAGCGCCGACGGCAACAUCAAGUUCGAGGAGAAGGACGGCAUCGACUACGCCGCCGUCACCGUGCAGCUGCCGGGGGGCGAGCGCGUGCCGUUCCUCUUCACCAUCAAGCAGCUGGUGGCCACCGGCAAGCCAGAGAGCUUCAGCGGGCCCUUCCUCGUGCCAAGCUACCGUGGCUCCUCCUUCCUCGACCCCAAGGGCCGCGGCGGCUCCACCGGCUACGACAACGCGGUGGCGCUCCCCGCCGGAGGCAGGGGCGACGAGGAGGAGCUCGCGAAGGAGAACGUGAAGAACGCCUCGUCGUCGACGGGCAACAUCACGCUGAGCGUGACCAAGAGCAAGCCGGAGACCGGCGAGGUGAUCGGCGUCUUCGAGAGCGUGCAGCCGUCGGACACGGACCUCGGCGCCAAGGUGCCCAAGGACGUGAAGAUCCAGGGGGUGUGGUACGCGCAGCUCGAGUCUAACUAAGAGCGAUCAGGAGAGGAGGAGAAGGGAAGGGGAAUUGGAGGCGCGACGUGUAUCUAGUAAUGCAAAGUCAAUGGGGGCUGUUGGUUUUUAAAUUUUUAGCUUUUUUGUUUCUUCCUCCUCUAUAAUUCUCGCGAACUGAUGAUCGAUCCCUCAUGGUGUUUAUUUGCAUUUGGAGGAGUGGAAAGGACACUGUACGAUACCUCUUGUGUGCGCCUUUCUUCACGAACUUUAAAUUCGCCUUUCAAUUGUGACUUCCCUUCUAGUACUUCUACAUGAACAUAUAUUACCUGUAA